AUGACAAAGCCUAAUGAAACAUCCAUUAGUUUAGUUGAUGUUGAUGAAUCAAUGUUUCAUCAUUUUCGUUGUAAAUUAUUUCCAAAAAUUCAAACUCAUAUUACUAGAUUACGAUUAAGUGAUAUUUCACAAAUUUUAACAAAAAAAUUUUCUAAAAAAUUUUCAAAUUUAUCAUCGUUACAAUUAGUUUUUAAUAAUAUGAACGAUAUACGUACACUUUUAUGGUAUUCAAAAUCAUUAGGAAUAUCUAAAUCAUUGGUUGAAUUAUCAGUUGUAUUUGAAAUAUGUUCUCAUCAAGAUGAAACAAAAGGAUUAUUAAAUAAAUUAUAUCGUUCGUUACUAUUUCAACCUGGACGAAAAUUAUGUUCAUUAAAAUCACUUUCAAUUACUGGUCCACCUUGUUUAUCAUUGACAAUCAAACAAUAUCUAAUGAGACCAUGUUAUUUAAGACGUUUAACAAUUCAUUUAAUAUCGUACAAUGAUUUACUUAUUUUGUUCAAUAAUUUACCAUUAAUUGAAUAUUUUAGCGUAGCAUUAGAAGAAACAAUUACUGGUAUUUAUCCGUAUACAUAUGAAAAUAUAUUUUCUGGCACAAAACUUUUAUCUGAAUUUCACUUUUAUUGUCCAUCAAUAAUUAAUUAUGAUCUUGUUGAAUUAUUACUUAAACAAUUGGUAACACUACGAAAAUUAUCACUUCGUCUUUGUUGUAAACUUUCAAAUGGUAUUAUCGAUGGUCAACGAUUAGAAAGUGGAUUUUUAAGAAAAUUAACACGUUUAGAACAAUUUAAUUUUUGUAUAUGUUCAUGUUACGUGGAUAAUGGUUUAGGUGUAAUUGACGAUUAUUUUCUCUCAACAUUUCAGACUGAUUAUUGGAUUAAAGAAAAACAUUGGAAAAUUGGAUUUUAUUCUAUGCCCUAUGCAUUCAUUUUUUAUAUUACAUUUUCAUUACCAUUUGCAUUUGAUGUAUUCGACUCAACUUCAACCGAUCUACUUAAAUAUCGCACUAAUUUUGUCAGUUGUAAUGAUAAUGGUGGUGAUAAUUGGAAACAAGUCAAAAAUCUUUACCUAUUCGAUGAUAAAUUAUAUACGCGAAAUUUUUUUCAAUUAAUUCAUGAUAAAUUUACAAACAUUAAACAAAUUACAAUUGAAAAUCAUUUAAGCAUUGAAAGUCAUGAAAAAGUUGUCCUACUACCAAGUGUUUGUAGUGUUCGAUUUGUAUCGUUAAAUAAAUAUCGUACAAAUGCUGAACAUGUAAAACAAUUGUUACUAAUGACACCAAAUAUUCGUCGAUUAAAAAUAAGUUAUAUUUUAUUGGCACGAGCAACAAAUUAUUUUCGUGAUCAACAGUUACAAAAAGUAUGUUCAAAUGUUGUUCAGUUAGAUAUUGAUUCAUAUCCACAACAAUGGUCACAUAGUGGUGGUUCAUUGAUGAAUCUAUAUGCUCAACGAUUCAAAACGUAUUUUUCUAAUUUAUAA